AUGAAGGGGGUAACAGUGUUUUUUAUUUCAGUUCUGUGCUUACAAAUCCAGGGAUACCUUAUCAAGGUCCCGACUUCAACUACGAAUACAAAGCUUGCAACAGGUGGAUGGGUUCACAUUCAAAAGCUUCUACUCCCGUUAUUUGAAAAUGUUUGUGAAGAAAGUACAAAACCUACUAUCGUGAGGCUCAGUGAAGACUUCAAGUUAGAUCCGUCCAGUGGCAUUUAUCUGAAUCCGGAGGUUCUUAGCAAUUUCCAAAACCUUAAGGCAACAAAAGGUUUAUUGGCAAAGGGAGAGAUUUUCACGGAAUAUAAUCCUGAUCACUUGAAUGAGCUAAAAGUUAUUUACGAACUAUUAUAUUACGCUAGAGAUUUUGAUACCUUUUAUAAAGCCGCUUGCUGGGCUCGUCAAAAUGUUAACUGUGGAUUAUUCGUUGACGCCAUAUACUUGGCAAUUUUGAAUAGACGUGACACUGAAAAGGUAUCAUUACCAGCGCCCUAUGAGAUCUUGCCUAAUUAUUUCAUAAAAAAAGAUUUCGUCAUAAAAGCGUCGUCAUUGAUAAGAGGUGAAACAGUUUCGUUAUCUGAUUCCGUGCGAAACGAAGGAAACGCAUAUGUUCUGGACGUGAAUUACACAACUAGCUUCGAUGAUACCGAUGACAAACUGGCCUAUUUCCAUGAAGACAUUGGUCUAAAUUCCUAUUACUUUCUAACAAAACUGAACUAUUUACCGUGGCUUAACAACUCCCAAAGAAAAAGUUACGGCCAACAAAUGUACCAUAUAAUGAAACAAAUGAUGGCCAGGUAUAAUUUGGAAAGAUAUUCCAAUGGAUUACCGGAGUUAAACGGAAUCAGUUGGAACGAUAUCAAUGAAUCGAAUUUUGAUCCUAUGCUUAUUUACUCCAAUGGUAAUGACUUUAGCCAAAGAAUGUCAGCAAAUAUUAGCAACACUGAAAUCUUAACAUCACUAACAAACAUUGAAGGCAAUCUUCAAGCGGUAGUCCUACAUAUGUACAAAUAUUUACAGAGAGAUGGUGGAUAUAGUAAAUAUGAUAUCAUGGAUCAAUUGAUGGAGAUUCUUGUAACAAGUGAAAGAAGUUACUUGAAUCUAGCUCUAGAGCUCGUUAAUGAUGAUGGACUUCUUUCUAGAUAUCCUUCAGUUUUGGAACAUUAUAUCACAUCCGCAAGGGAUCCUUUUUUUUGGAAAUUAAAGAAAAAAAUUGUUGACCUUGUAGAUACUGCUCUAAAAGUGUUGCCUAGUUAUUCUAGGAAUGAACUUUAUUUCCCUGGCGUAGACGUCCAAAAUAUUGAAAUAAAAAAGAUGAUGACGACUUUUGAUAAUUUUAAGUUCGACGUUAACAGUGCCCUAAAGACUGAAGGAGAAGAGUCAAAAUUCGAAGUAAAAAUUUGUCAACCAAGAUUAAAUCACAAACCCUUUUCUUUUAAAAUAUCUGUGUCGUCACUUGUAGCACAAAAAGCUUUGGUAAAGAUAUACUUAGGACCUAAAGUUAUGCCGGGUGAAUUGGUUGAAAGCAAAAAUCUCUUCAUGUUAUUGGACAGCUUUGAAGUGAAUCUUAAAAUUGGAAGUAACGUAUUGUCCAGAGCUUCUAAUGAAAUUGCAAAUCUUUCAGAAGACUUCCUGACCUUAGAAUCUCUAUAUAAACUGGUCUUAGAUGCUGAAUUUGGAGUGGAUGCUUUGCCUCUUAAACCGGUUUGGUCACAAAUAGGGUUUCCAUCUCGUUUGAUUCUUCCAAAAGGUACGAGCGAGGGAUUGCCUUUACAUGUAUUUGUAUUUAUAGCUCCAUAUGUGAAAGCAACUAUAGGUGGUUCUAGAACUAAUAUGGAUCUAAACACGGACGCAAUUCUUUCACCUGGAUAUCCCCUAGACCUGAACAUUGAAAUCCAACAAUUAUUUAAUCUUCCAAAUGCAAUGAUUAAAGAAAUUUCUAUCACACACAAAAGUGAAAGCACAUCUUAUAACAAGCCAGCUAAUAGUUACAAUUCAAACAGCAGAGUGUGGCCAACUGAUGACCAAGAGUCCGAUGUUCCAAGUGGCCCCUUAUACUUAAGUGCUCGACCUGAAUUUACAAAGAGAACAUUUGAUUACAAAUCAAAAAACAAUCAAUAUGGAAAGAAAACAGAUUAUGCAGCUAAGCGAGGUAAUUACAAUUCCUACCAAAAUAAAAAACCAGAGCAAGUCAAAAUUGAGGCUGAAGAUAAAACAAAUGUUAGUACUGAACCUGAAAAAAUAGAAGUUGUUUAUAAUGUUUCUAAAAAAAUUAACACAGAUCAUGAUGUUUCCAAGGAUAAUAUAAUUCACAAAGUUGAAUUAGAUAAAGUUAAAGAUACAAAAAAUUCAUUUAAAUCAGAUAACUUUGAAAAUGACUUUGAGAAAGUCGUUGAUAUAAAAGGUCAUGACAUAAAAGGCAAAACUGAACCUGAUACUAUGGAUGUCGUAAAUAAAAUCUAUAUCAGUCGUGAUUUAGAACAUGAAGUUCCAGCGAUUAAUGAUGAUGAAACAGUAAAUAGAGUGUUUUUAUAUGAUAAGGAUCAUAUUGAUAAAAUUUUACUAGAUACCAAACCGGACGGUAAUGAUUUUGAGAAAGUUAUUGAAAUAACAAAUUCCAAUGUGAAACCACACGGGCUACUUACCAUGCCGAAAAGAAAAAAUGUAUUAAAUAUAUUUUUGAAACCUUUAAAAAUAUUUGAUUCAAAAGAAAUAUUGUACGAAUAAAAACUUGAUUAUAGAUAGUUAACUAAAACUAUUUAAUUUUAUUUUCAU